UCUCAGGCCUGCCUGGCAGCUUCCGGGUGUUCGGCUGCAGCCAUUUUGGGCUUAUCUUCCCUGAGCGCUCGCCCGCCACCCAGCCCUUCCGCCCGCGCGUUUGGUGCCUGGGUACGGGCCGCGGUCUCCGGAAACGCCGCCGCUGCCGCGUGAGGGAUCUAGUCUAUGGUGGAGCGAUCUCACACGGACUAAGGGAGCCUCCUUCCCCGCCGGGAUGGACGUGGCUGCGACGGCCGCAGCCUGCUGGGGCCGCCAAGCCGUGCGGUGCACCGCCCGCCGCGGAAGCCUCCCCUCCCGGGGCCCCCUCUGCCGGCGCGGGGAUCGGCCUACGGUACCGACUCGGUGGCUGGGCAAGGCUGAGGCUGUGUAGGCCUCGGGUCCCGCCCGCCCUGGCACCGCCGACCCCGCCACGCUCCUGUCUGAAAAACUGCCAGGGAAAGGAGAUGGAGCUGGGCACUCGCGGGCCUCGGAAGCGGCCUGCCCCUCGGAUGGGCUCCUGGUUCCGGCUGCCCUUCCUUCGGCGAUGGUCCGCUCGCUCUUCCGACUUGCCGACUCCUUCUUCUCUGCAAAAUUCCGGGGACCCCGCACUAGCUGCCUCCGCCCUGCCCAAGCCUCGGACCAGGUACUGGACCAGAUUGCUUUCCCAGCUUUUUGCGCUGCUCCCUAGCUUGCUCCAGAAGCUGGUUUUUUGGAGCCAGCUUUUCGGUGGCAUGAUUCCGACCAGAUGGCUAGAUUUCGUAGCAGGUUACAGCGCCCUGAGAGCCUUGAGAGGACGGAAGGAACCUGCCGCUGUGCAGAAAUCUUUGAGUUCACUGCAGCUGGACUCUUCGGAAGACUUGGUGGUCAGCCCCCUUGAUUGGCUACAGGAGGGACCCCAAUGGCCGUACUCAUCCUCAGACCUGGAGUCGAAAUUGAAAGCCCAGGAAAGAGCUUUGGACUCCGCAGCGCGCCCUUUUCUCCUGGAGCAGCCGUUCUGGGGGGUGGAGUUGUUGCCCAGCCGUCUUCAAGCCGGUAUGGUCUCCUACCGAGAACUUGGCCCGGCACCCUCUGGGCCCCUUGACACCCAGAGCGUAGGCAGUUUCAAGGUAAUUUCUUACCUGCUGAACCCUUCCUGUCUGGACUGCCUUCCCCAGCUGGAGCUGCGCUGUCGGAACAGCGUUGGCGCUGGCCAGCUGGUGGAUUUCCGAACACUACCCCCAGAGAGCGGUUGCCCUUUUGAAGAUGGUUGUCACCCCCAGCCUCUGCGUCCAGAGAUCUCGGCAACCGCGUGGCAGAGGUGUCCCCCUCUUUCCACAGAAGGCCUGCCGGAAAUCCACCACCUUCGUAUGAAACGGCUGGAAUUCCUGCAGGCCAACAAGGGGCAAGAGUUACCCACUCCUGACCAAGAUAAUGGCUACCACAGCCUGGAGGAGGAACACGGCCUUCUCCGGAUGGACCCACAGCACUGUACAGAUAACCCAGUACAGACGGUGCCCCCUCCUGGAGUCAGCCCCGAGCCCACUGAGAAAAAAAUAGACUUGUUGAUUAAAGAAGUUUCCCAAAGCCCCCAGGGAAGCUGUCUGCCCUGCGAGUUACCUGUGGAAAAAGCCAGUGAAGAGGACCACACUAGUGUAGUCAACAGCUCAGACAUCAAGGAUGACCUUCCUGUCUCUGCCAGACCAGUUUGUAGCAACAAACUGAUCGAUUAUAUUUUGGGAGGCGCCUCCAGUGACUUGGAAACCAGCUCGGACUCAGAAAGUGAGGAUUGGGACGAGGAUCCCGAGGAUGAUGGCUUCGAUAGUGACGGCUCCCUGUCCGAAUCAGACGACGGACAAGACUCUGAAGGGCGCCACCUCUGGAACUCUUUCUACAGUGUAGAUCCUUACAAUCCCCAGAACUUUACAGCCACAAUUCAGACUGCUACCAGAAUUGUCCCUGGAGACCCUUGCGAUUCAGGGAGUGCCUUGUCUGACCGCUUCGAUGUGGGGAGCUCUCAAGCUGGGCCCCUUUCUGAUACCCCCGAGCAUAGUUCUGGGGCAGAAGAGGACUGGGAAUCCAGUGCCGAUGAAGCGGAGAGUCUUAGACUGUGGAACUCUUUCUGCAGUUCUGAGGACCCCUACAACCUUUUCAAUUUUAAGGCUCCCUUUCAAACGUCAGGGAAGAACUGGAAAGGCUGUCAGGACACACAAGCACCUUCUGAGACCACGGUGGCCUUUUCUGGGUGUCAUACCGUGCUUUCUUGUAAGGUAACACUGGUACAGAGCCCAGAAGAUAAUUGUCCAGACUCUGGGCUGCCAGAGACUCUUUCUGGAGAAAAAUUCACCCAUAGCAAAAGAAAAAAGGUAACCUUUCUUGAAGAAGUUACUGAGUAUUAUAUAAGUGAUGAUGAGGAUCGCAAAGGGCCAUGGGAAGAAUUUGCAAGGGAUGGAUGCAGGUUCCAGAAACGGAUUCAAGAAACAGAAGAUGCCAUUGGCUACUGCUUGACGUUUGAGCACAGAGAAAGAAUGUUCAGUAGACUCCAGGAGCACUCACUGUUCAGCAAUGUUAAGACAAGUGAACAGGCUGCAGCCCUGGCCCACACUCUCUCUUGCUUGAGAGGUUUCUCUUAAAAACAGAUAGAUAUUGGCAGCUGUCCUUGGACAUGUUUUUAAAGAAACAACUUGUGUUUAGUGAUGUAGUUGAAUUAUUUUUGGGUGAUGUGUCUUAUUAGAAACAUCAACUCCGAUAAUGAAGAGACUUUAGUUUUUAAUCUUCCCUUUUCCUAUUUGGUUGGAUGUGGUUUUUGUGUUUUUGAGACAGGGUCUUACUCCACAAUUCUGGUAGGCCUAGGUCUUUGUGUGUAAGCUAGGCUGGCCUUGAAAUUGAUAUCUUCUUGCCUCUGCGUCCUGUGCCACCAUGUCCAACUGGAUGUGAUUAUAAAUAUCCUCUGCUUCCUUGUGGUGGAAAGGGACCCUUUUAGUCAUUACUUUGCACUUUCAAUGCUUUUCUUCUGGAGGCCGAGAGCAGCCAGGUUUACAUAGUGGGCUCCAGGCUGGGGCUACAUGCUGAGACCAGGUCUUAA